AUGUCUAGCGUCCGUAUUCUCUCCCGAGGCGUUGACCUUACUACCACGAGGGUCGCCCUCCACACUCCCCGCGCCGCUAUCGGCUCCACUCUGCUUCGGCGCGAGCUCUCCUCCGCGGCUACAGUGCGGCCGACCACAUCACGGGCAUUGAGGUCCAAUGCGCCAUUGGCAGCUCCAGCUUCGCGGUCAGCACCGCGGGCUGUGCGGUUUGCGUCCACCACAAGCGAGCCUCUGAGCCAAACCCAGCUCUAUGACUUGCAUGUGGAGCGUGGGGCCAAGAUGGUCCCUUUCGCGGGCUUUGACAUGCCGCUGGUGUAUGCCGACAUGAGCCAUGUGGAAAGCCACCUGUGGACGCGCGAGAAGGCCAGUCUCUUCGACGUCAGCCACAUGGUCCAGCACCACCUUAGCGGUCCUGGAGCUGCGGAACUGUUGAAGAAGAUUACUCCGUCCUCGGUGGAUAAGCUCGCCCCAAACACAUCGACCCUUUCUUGCCUGUUAGAAGAGGGCACUGGUGGCAUGGUUGACGACUGCGUGAUCACCCGCCGCACUGAAGAUACCUUCUACUUUGUGACCAAUGCCGGCCGCCGCACCGAGGAUCUGGAAUUCCUCACUGCCGAGAUCGAGGCCUACCGGUCCAAGCAUGGUCUCGACAGCAUCAAGUGGGACAUUCUCUCUGACCGUGCCCUUGUCGCGCUACAGGGUCCCCUCGCUGCCUCCGUCCUUCAACCACUGAUUAACACCGCAAACACCCCUUCCUCUGAAACCGACCUUAGCACCCUCUACUUUGGCAACUGCCGCGAACUAUACCUCACCCUUUCGGACGGAAGUGCCAGUGCCCAUCCCCUCCUCAUUUCCCGCACAGGCUACACCGGCGAGGACGGUUUCGAGAUCUCCAUCCCCACAUCCGGUGCCCCCGACCUGCCCAAGCAAGUCACCGAGCUUCUCCUGGCUGAUAGCAGCAAGAGCCGUCUUGCUGGUCUGGCAGCCCGUGAUUCUCUCCGCCUCGAGGCCGGCAUGUGUCUCUACGGGCAUGACAUCUCAACCGCUCAAACACCCCCUGCCGCAGCCCUUGGCUGGGUUGUUGGCCGGGACCGCCGUGAUGUGGCCACCGCCACUUUCAACGGAGCAUCCACCAUUCUUUCCCAAAUCGCCAGCCCCAAGACCAUCCCUCAGCGCCGCGUGGGGUUGACAGUUGAGAAGGGGCCCCCGGCCCGCGAGGGUGCCACCGUCGUUGACAUUUCGGACCCUACCAACAUCGUCGAGGUCGGUGUUGUAACUUCCGGUCUACCCAGCCCAUCUCUAAACGGGACCAACAUUGCCAUGGCCUAUGUCAAGCAGGGUCUGCACAAGAAGGGCACCGAGCUUGGUGUUAAAGUCCGCAACAAGGUCCGCAAGGCUACCGUGGGUGGUAUGCCUUGGGUGGAGAGCAAAUUCCACCGUCCUCAGUGA